AUGAGCUCGAGAAUCCACCAAGCAACCAGCGCAGCUCCUAAGAUUGAUAGCGUCAUUGCUUUAACAUCACGCACACCUUUUACCGAAGAACUGACGGAGGUCAAGCUGCGGGAAAUGGACAAGUUGCGCCUCCCAGGGUACAAACCAGGAGGUGAUCCCGUCGAGCAUUUGACGGCUUUCAACAUCGCGGUGGCGAGAGCUAGACUUGAUCCCGAGGAAAGAGACGCAGGAUACUGCCAACUCUUUGUCGAGACAUUGAACGAACAAGCCCUGACUUGGUUCUCGGGACUCGAAGAGAACUCGAUUAGCAGCUUCAAAGAGCUCUCCUCGGCGUUUCUCAAGACUUACAUCGUGUUCACCAAACGCGAAGCAACAGCUUCAACCCUCUGGAACCUUAAGCAAACGAAGGACCAGAGCCUUCGUGAUUACAUGGAACGGUUUAAGUCGGUCGUGUCAAGAAUCAACAUUCCCGAUCACAUCGCCGUCGACGCCCUGAGGAACAAUCUUCUGGUAGAAUGUAAGUUCCGAGAAGAUCUCUAUCGAACUCCCACCUCGUCACUACAUGAUGCCGUUGCUCGGUCCCAAAACUUCAUCCGUAUGGAGGAGGACACUAAAGCCAUCAUGAGCAAGCAUAACUCGGCGAAGCAAUUGGCACCUAAAAACGCUGCUACUACUCACGUCGAACCUCGUCAGCAUGCUCCCAGCGACAAACACAACCGCAAGAAUGGUCUCCUCUACAUCGUUGAUGAAAACGGGAAGAAAUGGAACACCUUUCAUCGAGAGACAGAUCCUCCGAGCGAAUCCCCCCAAGCAACGGCGGCCGCCGCAGUCGCCCAGGUCGAUUCCGUAGCGGGUCCAUCCCGGACUCCUCCAGGACUUACCAAAUCGUGCAAGCUCCAUGGCGUCAAAGGCCACGACACGUCAGAGUGCAAAACACUUUUCACACAGUUCCUCUCUUCGAUCGAAAGCGGCGAGCUUAAGCUCCCUCCUCCGAAACCAAAAAGCGAAAGCAGUUGGAGCAGGAACAAGGAUAGGAAGAAUCAGCGAAAAAAUCAGGGGAAACCGCGUCAAGACGACCAAAAGCCAAAGGAUGCCGAGCAGACCCCUCGUCAGGAUGACGAUGGUGACGUCUCAGCAGACGAAGACCAACCCGCGGUCAGACAAAGGAUCGAAGUUAUUCGCGCCCAACCAGAGUCCUCAUCGGAUGAAGAGAGUGAACUCGAGGAAGCUCCCGACUCGUCGGACUUACGUAUGCUCCUCAAGCGAAAGGCCACUCCGAGGAUUAGCGAGACUCCCGGUCCCUCUGAUCUCCGAGUCGAGCACAACGCCAAAAGAACCAAGCACGCGCCGAGUCAAAGAUCCUCACCAGCAUCUCCAGACGACAACCCUAUCGUCGAUUUGCGCGACCAACUUAACGCCCGGAUGGACGAUCUACUAUUCGUCGGGACUAUCCAUCUCUCAGUACAAGCAGAGAGAGUAACUCGGACGGUCAAAUUCUCGGUGGUCAGUACCAAGGCCCCCUAUCACGUGAUACUAGGUACCCCAUGGCUGUACUCUAUGCGAGCAAUUGCAUCUACAUACCACCAGUGCGUCAAAUUCCCGGGGAUGGAUGGGACGAUUAAGACAGUAAGAGGAGAUCAACGAGCCACACGAGAUUUGUUGAUCGCCACGGUCAAAUUACAGUGCUCGCAGUCACUCGUCAACUCGGUUUCCCCUCCGAUAAGUAAGGUCUGCCCACAAAAGGAAGAAGUGCUCGAGGUCCCGAUCGACGAGUCGGAUCCAAGUAAAGUGCUACGAGUAGGCGCCUAUCUAUCGGACGAGAUGCAGCGUGCUAUCCUGGAUUUCCUGAAGCAAAACUUGUCUACCUUUGCUUGGUCGAUGUCUGACAUGCGAGGGAUCGACCCGUCCUGA